ACGACAGAGAAGAGGGCGGGGCUAAAACAGGAGUUGCCAGCAUGGCGUUUACUCUUUACACCCUCAUCCAGACCGCUAUUCUAUGCAUCAAUGCCAUCGCCGUGUUGCAUGAAGAAAGGUUUCUCAGCAAAAUGGGAUGGGGUGCUGAUCAGGGAGUUGGAGGUUUCGGGGAUGAUCCAGGAGUCAAAGCUCAGAUACUGAAUCUCAUCCGAUCAGUUCGGACCGUCAUGAGAGGUGGUGCAUCCAUGGCUUCAACUACACUGCAAAACUGUUCAGUGCAUCUAAAUAAAUAA